GGACGCGGGACUAACAGGACGCGGCUAUGUGCUCACCGCGGCGGCGAUAAAAAGCGGCGAGCGCUCGACGGCGAGAUGCUGGUGCCGCCGGACAUGAUGGCGGCGCAGUCCAAGCUGCUGUACCAGAUCAACAAGUACUACGGCGAGCGGGUGCACGCGCGCAAGGCGCAGGUGGCCAAGACGGUGCGCGAGGUGUGCAAGGUGGUGCAGGACGUGCUGAAGGAGGUCGAGGUGCAGGAGCCGCGAUUCAUCUCGUCGCUCACCGAGUGCAACGGCCGCUACGAGGGGCUCGACGUCGUCUCGCCCACCGAGUUCGAGGUGGUGCUCUACCUCAACCAGAUGGGCGUGUUCAACUUCGUGGACGACGGCUCUCUGCCCGGCUGCGCCGUGCUCAAGCUGAGCGACGGCCGCAAGCGCUCCAUGUCGCUGUGGGUCGAGUUCAUCACGGCGUCGGGCUACCUGUCGGCGCGCAAGAUCCGCUCGCGCUUCCAGACGCUGGUGGCGCAGGCGUGCGACAAGUGCGCCUACCGCGACUCGGUCAAGAUGAUCGCCGACACGACCGAGGUGAAGCUGCGCAUCCGCGAGCGCUACGUGGUGCAGAUCACGCCCGCCUUCAAGUGCUCGGGCGUGUGGCCGCGCUCGGCCGCGCACUGGCCCAUCCCGCACAUCCCCUGGCCGCACCCCAGCCUCGUCAACGACGUCAAGACCGAGGGCUUCGACCUGCUGUCCAAGGAGAGCGUGGCGCUGCAGGGCAAACAGUCGGCCAUGGAGGGCGACGCCUGGGUGCUGAGCUUCACCGAGGCCGAGAACCGGCUGAUGCUGGGCGGCUGUCGGCGGCGCUGCCUCAGCAUCCUCAAGACACUGCGCGACCGCCACCUCGACCUGCCGGGCAACCCGGUCACCUCGUACCACGUGAAGACGCUGCUGCUGUACGAGUGCGAGAAGCACCCGCGCGAGCUCGAGUGGGACGAGGCGUGCCUGGGCGACCGCAUCAACGGCAUCCUGCUGCAGCUCAUCUCGUGCCUGCAGUGCCGCCGCUGCCCGCACUACUUCCUGCCCAACCUGGACCUCUUCAAGGGCAAGUCGCCGUCCGCGCUCGAGAACGCCGCCAAGCAGGUGUGGCGCCUCACGCGGGAACUGCUCACCAACACGCGCUCCCUCGAGAAGCUCUAACCGCACACUGUGGCCCCGCCCGCGCUUCUCUUCUCUCUUCUCACCUCCACCUCUUCGUUGAAUAAUCGUUAAUAGAACUUCUGCGUUAGACACGCGCGUGUGUCACUUCAGAAGCUGUAGUGUCGUCCGAACUUGUGCUCCGUCUCUAAUGACCUUGUAGUUGACGGGACGUUAAACACUAAUCUUCCCGUAUUAUUUACACCGAGCGACUACCACCCUCAAAGGUUACAUACGCGCUCCUCUCCACAAUACAACACAUCACAAAACAGCUAAGCAAAGUAAAUCUGUACCAAAUGAUUCGGUAUUUGUCAAAUUAUUAGACGAUCCUAAGACCAAAUCUCCACACUGAACCUCUGUUGCCCUAUGAGCCACACCUCUUCAUUGCACGGUAAAUAAUACUUACUAGUGCAGCGUUUUGCGUUGAACACGUGCACGUAUUUCAAUUCGGAAGGAAACUGCCAAUUCCCACAUGUCCGCCAAAGAUUUUGUCUCCGCUUUAUCGAAGGACUGUUGUCUCCAAAGAGAACCCCUUCUUGAGCAUAACAGCACAUAUAGCAUAGCCAUUGGGUUCAGUGACUUGGAGUGCGCUUCUUUAUUACUUCUAUUGCUUCAAAAGCACAAGUCGACUAAAAGCUUCGGAUACCGCUGAAAAUGACCCUCAGAACAAGCCUUCGCACCGACCAUUCGUUGCUAUAUGAGCCAAUGUGUUUUUUCAUCACGUACAAAACCUCGUCAUAAUACCUUAAAUAAUUUAAAUACUCAUAAUAUAGAAUUUCACAUUACACGUACUGAUCUUACGGCUUGCGAAUCUGAUACUGAUAGCGCUUCAGCCUCGUAAUAAAAGAUUUUGCUUCGUCAUUGUCCCGCAGCAAGGUAUAACCACAACUUCAUUCCCGGAGAUAUGUCAAAUUAACUUCCCUCCGGCUUCUGUAACAAUUUUUCGCUUCUAUCACUGAGUAGCUACGCAAACAAUUUUAAUCUAAAAAAUCACUUUCGGUAGUAAUUAACAAAUACACUGAUAUAUUACGCAUACCGGUGAAAACAAUCCCACUUUAAGACUACGAAGUGUGUGUUUUUUAGAGAAUGUUUUUACUGUAAUAAAAUAGGAAAACUGGCUAGUGAGAUUAGUUCGUCGUCUGUAUGGAUUGUUUGUGUGCAGUUUGGAGAGCGACAAUACGGACAAAGCGUCUCCAUCGUUACUGAAAAAGAAACUUUUUUGUGUAUGUGAAACAAAUGAGUGCAUUUUUAAUAUGCAAAACUAAAAACAUUCUGCGAUGUAUAAAGCGAAAUUAUAUUUAAGCCUGUGUAAAGUGUUGUUUUUUUUCGUAUAAUACGAAUGCAUAAAAGAAUCAUAAAAUUGUGUUUUUUGGAGUGAGUGUUGAGUACGCGACUGGCUGAGAUGAAAGGUAACGUACAAACUAAAAGCUAUCAACUUAUGUCAAUUUAUGUAAGCAGUGUAACUGUCGAAUAGUGUCUCUCGCUCAGGCCGCUGUAGGCCUAAAACUAUACAGCUCUCUAACGCGGCGAGGAGUGACGGUGGAAUUUUAAAAUUAGGCCUACCUGUGAGGACUUUCAUUUACUCAUUUCUGUCUGACUAUUUUGCAUUUCGUCUGUAACAUCUGUGUCUAUAGUCGUCUGUUGUUUGUUGUCACAGCUGAUGUUUGUUACAAUAAAACCCUGUCGGCCAGCCUGUACUGUAUCUGGCGCAAUAAACGAUGUCUGUCUCUCGA